CUUCUUUGCAUUUGCGUUCAUUCCCUGGUCUCUGCUUUUUCCUACUUCACGAGUUGCUUUCUCGAACUCUAACGUCCAACAGCAACACGCAGCUUUCGGCUUGGCGAAAGGCAGAUAGGAAUUUUGUCUUGCGUCUGUAUGCGCCGAGAAGCUGAGCUGCACGCACGAACUUUGUGUUAGCCGCAAAGAAAGCAGCUAUGUCUUACCUCGCGCCGCGCUAACCGAAGCGAUAAAGGCGCGGCAGUGAAAGUCACACAUAAUUUUCUCGAGCAGGAGCGGCAGCAGCAGCAGCAUGGUUUUGAUCGGAGUCCUCAUCGCUUGUGCCUUAGUGCUGUUGACGUCUCCUGUGUUCCUGGUGCAAUGGAGCCUGUACAUCGCCCAGAGUGGCAGUGGUAAAAUUCCCAGAGGCCGCUGGUGGUUCAUUCCCUGGCUCGGCGAGAGUCUCCAUUUCUUCUACAAGAGUCCGGAUCAGUUCUUCCGCGAGCGUUACGCACGGUUCGGAGAGAUCUACAGGACGCAUAUCCUGGGAAGUCCGACCAUAAUUACGUCCACCCCGGAGCAUGCCAAGUUUAUCCUUGCGACCAAGCAUAAGUCUUUCAAGGCGAUAUAUCCCCCGUCCAUUGACAGAGUCCUCAACCAUCCGUCCUGGGAGGGAGCCUUCCACCAGCGAAUUCGGAAAAUUGUCCAGUCCUCCAUGCUCUCCGAGACGAUUCGGGACAGCAUUCCGAAGUUCGAGAGUCUUUGCAGAUGGUGUCUGGAAAACUGGAACGAGCGGGAGUUUGUUGUCACCCACGACGAGACUCGAAAGUUUGCCUUCCACGUUGCGCUCAGCAUCACUUGUAGUAUGGCCCCAUGCGAGGAGUCGAUGCGGUUGCUGGAUAGUUACGGAAUCCUCUCCAACGGCGCGAUCUCGAUGCCAAUUAAUUUCCCAGGAACUGGAUUCCAUCUUGCUAUCAAGAAAAGCAAGGAGAUUCUGACAGAUUUAACGAGCCUCGUGAAAAGAAGGAAAAGCGACACGGCAACUACUUACAGUGAUAUCUUGGGGUCGCUUUUGGCUUCAAAGGAUGAUCAAGGUACCAAGUUCACGGACGACGAGAUCAGGGAUAUCCUCAUCACUUUUCUCUUUGCUGGACACGAAACCACGGCCGUGUUCCUCGUGUGGAUCGUCAAGUACCUGACGGAACACCCAGAUAUUCUCGAACAAGUCAGAGACGAGCAGGACCAAAUAAGGAGCGCAAGAGAACAUCCAGAGAGUCCCUUGACAUGGAGCGAGAUAAAAAACAUGCCAGUCUCGUUAAGGGUUGUACAAGAAUCUCUGAGGCUGGCAAAUGUGGCACCAUUCUCGCCGCGUGAAGUAGUCGAGGACGUCGAGCAUGAUGGUGUCCUGUUUCCAAAAGGAUGGAAAGUCCAAGUCUACUACAGACAUUUCCAUUUGAAUCCCACGUACUUCAAGGAUCCCCACAAGUUCGACCCCUCCAGAUUCCUGACGCCUCCAAAGCCUGGGAUUUACACGCCCUUUGGAAACGGGGUCCGGCUAUGUCCUGGAAGCGAAGUCGUGAAAUUGGAGGCCUUGAUAUUCAUCCAUCUUCUCGUCACAAACUACAAGUGGAAGAUUGUGGGUGGCGACUGUGGCGUCCAGUACUGGCCGACGCCGAGACCCAAGGGAGGCUUGCACCUCAAAGUCUGGAAACGAAGCGAUUAGAACACACACAAACACGCACAGAGAAGAAACACACAAAAAAAAGGGGGAAAGAAGUUGUAAGAUAGCCUUUUCUUCGUAAUAACCCUGUGGAUAAGCACCUGGGAGGGAGCGGCGCGCGGCGAUUUCCAAGCAUGUGUGCACGCGAUUUGAUUUUGAUCAUCCCGCUUUGAUUUGUAAGCGCGCAUUCUUUGUAGAGGAGAACCGAUUCAUUUGCAAGCGCUCAAAGAAAAACCUAGAAUAACCUUCUUUUCCCGCAAAUUUUUAAACUCAAUAAGAAAAGCCCUAAAUUAUAA